CUGUCCAAUGACGAAGUGUCUUGUGGCUGCGAGCUUUUCCCGGAGACCGAUCCAGUAUAUCGGAUUCAUUAUUGGAGUUCCAGUAUUUCAAGACGAAGGACAGAAGGAGUGAGUGACCUAGUGGGCUGGUCGGUGUGAGGGGCAGAGCAGCAGCCAUGGGUGAAAUUGAGGGUUCCUACAGGGCCAUACAGACCCCUGGCACCCGGCUGGGGGCCCAGUUCAAUGCUGGGAUCAGUACCUUGGAGCCGGGCCAGAGCCUCAGUGAUGCCUUGGGCCCCGGGGGUAGGAGCCCAGGCAGAGGUCUACAGCUCAGGGUCCAGAGCCUGGACGACUCCCAGGAGUUUUACAACUUGGAGUCCAGAGCUGACGGACAGACUCUUCUCUCUGAUGUGUUCCGGAGGAGCAACCUAAGGGAGAGCGAUUACUUUGGCCUAGAGUUCCAGAACAUGCAGAUGAGCUGGGUUUGGUUGGAACCCACGAAGCUCGUAGUGAAACAAGUGAAGAGACCCAUGAACACCCUCUUCAGGCUGUCAGUGAAGUUCUUUCCCCCUGACCCUGGUCAGCUGCAAGAAGAGUACACUAGGUACCUGUUCUCCCUGCAGAUGAAGCGAGACCUGCUAGAGGGCAAGUUGAGCUGUACAGAGAACACAGCCUCCCUGCUGGCCUCACACCUCCUUCAGUCGGAGAUAGGGGACUAUGACGACGUGGCGGACAGGGACUUCCUGAAGCUGAACAAGCUGCUGCCCAAUCAGGAGAGGAUACAGGAGAGGAUCAUGGAACUGCACCACAGACACCUCGGGCAGACUCCAGCCGACUCAGACUUUCAGGUUCUGGAGAUCGCCCGUAAACUGGAGAUGUACGGCGUCCGCUUCCACCCAGCAGCCGACCGCGAGGGAACGAAGAUCAACCUGGCCGUGGCUCACAUAGGCCUGCAGGUCUUCCAGGGUAACACCAAAAUAAACACCUUCAAUUGGUCCAAGAUCCGAAAACUGAGCUUCAAGAGGAAACGCUUCCUGAUCAAGCUAUACCCAGAGGUUCAUGGGCCUCAUCAAGAUACCCUGGAGUUCCAGAUGGUCAGUCGGGACCAGUGUAAGAUCUUCUGGAAGAACUGUGUGGAACAUCACUCGUUCUUCCGACUCUUGGAUCAGCCGCAGCCCAAGUCCAAAGCCAUUCUCUUUAGCAGGGGAUCGUCGUUCAGAUACAGUGGGAGGACCCAGAAGCAACUAGUGGAAUAUGUCAAGGACACCGGAUCAAAGAGGACACCAUAUCAGAGGAGGAACAGUAAGGUGAGGAUGUCAGCUCGCUCUCUGGCCCCCGAUGUGCCAAAACAGACGUUGUCGUUCAAUGACAGCCUGCGGGCGCCAGGUUCCCCGUCCUCUGCGUCUGGGUCCUUCUACUCCAUACAAGUCUCCAGCUCCCCCCCACGUCCGGAGCCCCAGGCCCAGUCUCCACAGCCUCCUCCCCAGCAGCAACAGACCCAGUCUCCACAGCUUUCUCCCCAGCAGCAACAGACCCAGCUCCUGCCCCCACAGAUGGCCAGGCCCUCCAGCCCCCCAGCGAAGGAGGAUCCCCACAAGGCCACCGGCAUCCCCCCAUGUCACCACGCCUUCUCACAAGGUGCCCCAAGUUACCCGGCGGCAGGAGACUGCAAUCCCUCGUCUGUGUGUGUAGAGAGUAGAGCUUCCCAUCCGCAGCAGCAGCCCUCCCAAAAUGGCAAUGAGGAUAGUGAGCAGGGAUCCUCUAUGGACAGCCCCCAGCUCUCCCCGUUCAACUCGAAAAGCUCUCCCCUCUGCCUGUCCCCCUCCUUCCAGAUGUCUACGCUGAGUCUCCCGGGGGCGGGCCAGGCCCCCUCGCCCCUACAGAGCCCCAUCCUGAGUGAGGUGGGCACCAACAGGCUAGAGGAGGAGGAGGAGGAGGGCAGGAGGAAGCGAUAUCCCACCGACAAGGCCUACUUCAUUGCCAAAGAGAUUCUAACCACAGAGAGGACCUACCUGAAAGACCUAGAGGUUAUCACAGUGUGGUUCCGCAGUGCUGUGAUCAAAGAGAACGCCAUGCCAGAGGGUCUGAUGGCCCUGCUGUUCUCCAACAUCGACCCCAUUUACGAGUUCCACCGGGGAUUCCUCAAGGAGAUCGACCAGAGACUAGCUUUAUGGGAGGGGCGCUCUAACGCUCAUGUGAAGGGAGACUUCCAGAGGAUUGGAGACGUCAUGCUGAGGAACAUGUGUGCUCUCAAGGUGUUUACCAGCUACCUGCAGAAACACGACGAGGUGCUGACCGAGCUGGAGAAGGCCACCAAGCGCCUGAAGAAGCUAGAGACGGUGUAUAAGGAGUUUGAGCUUCAGAAGGUGUGUUACCUGCCUCUCAACACGUUCCUGCUGAAGCCCAUCCAGCGCCUCAUGCACUACAAACUGAUCCUAGAGAGACUGUGUAAACACUACAGCCCAGACCACCUCGACCACAACAACUGCAGAGAGGCCCUGAAGGAGGUGGCAGAGAUGGCCACUCAGCUCCAGAGUAGUUUGAUCCGCCUGGAGAACUUCCAGAAGCUGUCUGAGCUCCAGAGAGACCUGAUCGGCAUCGAGAACCUCACUGCGCCCGGCAGGGAGUUCAUUCGAGAGGGUUGUCUGUACAAGCUGACCAAAAAAGGGCUGCAGCAAAGGAUGUUUUUCCUGUUCUCUGACCAGCUCCUGUACACGAGUAAAGGUGUGACGGCCACAAACCAGUUCAAGGUCCAUGGCCAGCUGCCUCUGCACGGCAUGAUCGUGGAAGAGAGUGAGAAUGAGUGGUCUGUCCCUCACUGCUUCACCAUCUACUCUGCCCAGAGGACCAUUGUGGUGGCAGCCAGCUCGAAGGUGGAGAUGGGGAAAUGGAUAGAGGAUCUCAACAUGGCAAUAGAGAUGGCCAAGAAAUCUCAGGAGAAAUCAGACCUGUUCCUGGACCCAGGGCUGUGUGAUCGCUCCAACAGGUCGUCGGAUGAGGUUUCUCUGGAGCAGGAGUCAGAGGAUGACAUGUCGUCGUCCCGUAACUCUCUGGAUAAGCAGACCCAUCACCGUGCCAACAGCACCAUGCAUGUCUGCUGGCAUCGCAACACCAGCGUGUCCAUGUCAGAUCACAGCCUGGCUGUGGAGAACCAGCUCUCAGGUUACCUCCUACGGAAAUUCAAGAAUAGCAAUGGCUGGCAGAAGCUCUGGGUGGUCUUCACCAACUUCUGUCUGUUUUUUUACAAGACUCACCAGGAUGAUUUCCCGCUGGCAAGCCUCCCGUUGCUAGGGUACACUGUGAGCAGCCCGGGAGAGUCAGACAGCAUCCACAAGGAAUAUGUCUUCAAACUGCAGUUCAAGUCCCACGUCUAUUUCUUCCGGGCGGAGAGCGAGUAUACAUUCGAGAGAUGGAUGGAGGUGAUUAAGAGUGCGGCUAGUGCUACUGGCAGGAUGAGUCUCCUCAUACCUAAAGGUCCCCUGCAGAUGAAUGGGAACUAACUCCGCUCCUUGAUCUGAUCUACUGCGGCUUAGAAUCUAAUCUGCGUCCCAAAUGGAACCCUAUUCCCUAUAUAGUGCACUACUUUAGACCAGAGCCCUAUGGAACCCUAUUCCCUAUAUAUAGUGCACUACUUUAGACCAGAGCCCUAUGGAACCCUAUUCCCUAUAUAAUGCACUACUUUUGACCAGAGCCCUCGUCCCAAAUGGCACCCUAGGGUCAGUCCUAGAGAGCAAAAGGGCUGGGCCCAAUAGACUCUGAGACAAUCCUGUAUAAUACCAUCUCUCUCUCUCUCUCUUUACGGUUUUCAUUGGCAUCAUGUUAAAGUGGCACUCAUGUCUUGGAUUUAUUUGGCAGAUAAGGGCUCAGUGAGUGACUAGAAGUUAUUAUAUAUAUAUAUAUAUAUAUAUAUUAAUUCUCUCCUUCUAGAAUUGUCAACCAUUGUUACGUGGGAGAAUCUGUUGAAACAAUGUAUCAGCAGGGAACAGAAACGCAAUAUGAAUCCAGUAGUUGGAUACGUGGUUCAAGAGAGAAGGAUAUACUAGUGCUAUCACGAUCAACAAGGAUGCUUGAGGACAUUCUGUCAAGGAUGAGUGUAUACACUCAGCCAGUUGAGAAAGGGAACUAAAGCGGGACUCGUCACCUUCUCACGAGCAGCCAGUGUAAAACAACUACAUCACAAAACAUAAGCUUGGUUUCCCACACUCGGAUUAAGUCUAGUCCUGGACACGGAUUAAGUCUAGUCCUGGACACGGAUUAAGUCUAGUCCUGGACACGGAUUAAGUCUAGUCCUGGACACGGAUUAAGUCUAGUCCUGGACACGGAUUAAGUCUAGUCCUGGACACGGAUUAAGUCUAGUCCUGGAGUAAAAAGUACUUUAAAAAAAGAGCAUAUCCAUUUAAAAUGCUUUUUUUAGGCCAGGACUAGACUUAAUCUGUGUCCAGGACUAGACUUAAUCUGUGUCUGGAAAACCGUCUUCUAGCGAUUUAUCUAUCAGGUUAUGUUCUGGAGAAGUUUACACAGCGUUAGUCUAGAGACUGUUUCCUUUUAGCCAGUGAAAGCAUUCUACGGACGGUCGUUGUCGAGUUUGUAUCGUGUCUGUCUACACGAAGGUACAGGUGUAGAAAUGGAACUGGUAGGUGGAGAGAGGGCAGCGAUGAUAUUACGAAGGUGCAGAGGUUACAGGAUUGAUUUGACUAGGGACUGGGAAGGGUAACUAGCUAGAGAACAACCUCAGAUACUUUCUUUAUACAAGUUUUAAAAUAGCUGGACUUGAGGUAGCUCUGGUCCAGGGGGUUAUUUCUUCCACUAAGGAAUUAGUGGAUGAAUGAAUGCCCUGGACCAGAGCUAUGGUUCAGCAGGAGAGGAAGGGAGGUACCCAGUGAAUGUCCUUUUUUUGGUUUUGUUUUUUGAUAAAAGGCAGAUAGUAUUGUAUGUUGAAAUGAGUUAGGAACACAAGCAGUCAAUCUCCUUUUUUAGGAUAACUUCUGUAAAAGACUUCUGUAAAAGCCAAUUAUUCCGUUCUUUUGAGAAUUUCGUAGUUCUCAUUUGUUCUGUUGUCACAUUGAGGUAUUAAUGGCCAUGGAGGUAAAAUCAAAAAUGGAGCACAACACACAUUCUGUAAGGUACGUUUUCCAUUGAAGUGUUUCAAGGGGUCUAUAUUCCUGUUUAAUACAUGUAAAAGUACUUUUUUGGCCCCAAGAGAAAAACCUUGUUAAUUAAGUUUUCCUGUACUAUCAAUAUGUAGUCCUAUUUUAUUUUCAUACAUUGAACAAUAGUCCAACCUAAUUCUGUCUCUCAUAACCUCAAAUGUUGUUUAAAGUCAAACAUACUUAAAGCAUUUAAUUGUUGUGUUAUUGACUUAUUAUUAGUCAGUGUUGGCCAGUUCUAUUGUUGUUGUUUGAUUUCCUAGUUUUAAGGACAGAAGGAAGUCGGGAAGGAAGGUGCUACGUUUGAUUGUUUUGGCUUGCUGGGCUUGUAUAGUUACUAUCAUGUGUUCUGGAUUAUAGUUAAUCGUUGUUGUUGUUCAUUUAACAUAGGGAAUGACGAUGACCUCGUAAAAUAAAUAUGCAGUGUAUAUCCUAAUAUCUAGUCUGUUAAAGUUACAGAUUCCAUUCUAAUACGUCGUUAAGGCUGAAGAGCUUGGAUGCGCCCCCCCCCCCCCCCCCCCCCCCAAAUGUGAUCCUAUUUCCUUAUGGGCCCUGGUCAAACGUAGUGCACUAUAAAGGGAAUAAAGGUACCAUUCGGGACUCGUCCCAUGUUAGAAGAUGAUCUGUAAUGGUAUAACUGUUAGGUGACGCGGUCUUGCUGUAGGUAGCGGGCCGUGUGAGCAUUGUGUUUUUAAUAGGUGACUACAGGAGAUCGGGAUCUGUAUAUUCACUAAAUGUCUCGGAGUAGAGCUGAUUUAGGAUGAGCCCCCCCCCCCCCCCCCCCCCAUGUAAAUCGUACGCAUAAGAGGGUAGAACUUCUCCUAGGUUAGCACUCCUACUUUGAGACGCUAGAUACAUACGGGGGUCCCUGAUCUUGGCCGUUCGUCGUCAGAAAGUCCCGUCCCCCCCCUUCCCUUUCCCCCGUUACUGUCUACACACCGUGGGCUCGUUAUAUUAUCUUUCUGUCUCCGGAGUGAUAGGGGCCAGUGAGGUGUAAUCCUGUCAUCUUCCUUUUUCCCUUGUUGGACUGGAAUGAAUCACAAUGCUUCGAGCGCACCUAUAUCUCCCAAAUGGCUCUCUCUUCCCUAUAUAGUGCACUACUUUUGACCAGGACCCAUGAGGAAUAGGGUGCCAUUUUGAGAUGCAUCAAUGAUUUUUAGAGGGGGGGGGGCACCUCACCUCACCUCUCUUAACUCCUCUCCCAGUUCAUCUCUCUGUGUUCAGGUGUGCUAAUCAACCAAGGCCCCACUGGCCCCCCUGCUGUUCAAGUCUCCAGUCAGAUGUCCUUCCUAUUUAUUGUGUAGCAGCAUGUCAUUGGAGCCCUUCUUGUUCCUGUAUGUCCUGCCUCUUUCUCAACGUUAUUAUUGCAUUGAAAGGAUAACAAAUAAAGUUGAACAGAUGUUAAACAA